CGCGCCGCUCCGCCGGGCCCACCGCGCUCCGCAGGCGGCAGGCGGCCGGGGUCGCGGGCCCCGCGGGCGGAGGCGCCGGGAGGAGCCCGGGAGGCGGGCCAUGUCGCCGGGCGCGGGCCGCUGCGUAAGGCGGGCGCCGCCGCCACAGGCCGGCCGGUGAGGCGCCGCCGCCGCGGAGGCCGCGACCGGAGCGCCGGACCCGCCAUGGGCUGAGACCGUCCUCGCCGCCGAGCAGAUCACGCUGGGGUGACCCCCUCCCGGACCUUCCUGGCGGCCUUCCUCGCUCCCCGGUGACACUAUGCAACCCCCGCGGGACCUGCGAGGCCUCUGGCUGCUGCCGCUGCCCUGGUUCCUGCUCCUGGGCGGCGGCGGCGAGGUGGCCGGAGCCGGCCGGCUGGCGGUCAGCUGCCCGGCCGCCUGCCUGUGCGCCAGCAACAUCCUCAGCUGCUCCAAGCAGCAGCUGCCCAACGUGCCCCACGCCCUGCCCAGCUACACGGCGCAGCUGGACCUCAGCCACAACAACCUGAGCCGCCUGCGGGCCGAGUGGACCCCCACGCGCCUCCCCCACCUGCACUCCCUGCUGCUGAGCCACAACCACCUGCACUUCAUCUCCUCCGAGGCCUUCUCCCCGGUCCCCAACCUGCGCUACCUGGACCUGUCCUCCAACCAGCUGCGCACGCUGGAGGAGGCGCUGUUCAGCGAGCUGCAGGCCCUGGAGGUGCUGCUGCUCUACAACAACCGCAUCGUGGCCGUGGACCGCGCUGCCUUCGAGGAUGUGGCCCAGCUGCAGAAGCUCUACCUGAGCCAGAACCAGAUCGCCCGCUUCCCCCUGGAGCUGGUGCGGCUCCCCAAGCUGGCGCUGCUGGACCUCUCGGGCAACAGGCUCAAGAGCCUGCCCGUGGCCGAGCUGCAGAAGCUGCCCGCCUGGGUCAAGAACGGGCUGUACCUGCACAACAACCCGCUGCACUGCAGCUGCGAGCUCUACCAGCUCUUCGCCCACUGGCAGCGCCGGCGGCUCAGCCCCGCCGUGGACUUCCAGGAGGACCUGCGCUGCCUGAGCGCCAAGAAGCCCUACAGCGUCUUCGGCCUCAACUGCAGCGAGUACAAGGAGCGGGCCUGGGAGGCGCACCUGGGCGACAGCCUCACGCUCCACUGCGACACCAAGCAGCAGGGCACGACGAAGACGUGGGUGACGCCGGGCCUCGAGCGGGUGCCGGACGCGGCCGCGGCGCCGGCCAACGGCACGGCGCGGGUGCUGGGGAACGGCAGCCUGCACCUGCAGCGGGUGCAGCCGGAGGACGGCGGCGUGUACACCUGCUUCGCCGUCGGCGAGGCGUUCAACGAGACGCUGUCGGUGGAGCUGAAGGUGCACAACUUCACGCUGCACGGCCACCACGACACCCUCAACACGGCCUACACCACGCUGGUGGGCUGCAUCCUCAGCGUGGUGCUGGUCCUCAUCUACCUGUACCUCACGCCCUGCCGCUGCUGGUGCCGGGGUGUGGACAAGCCGGCCAGCCCCCAGGGGGACAGCCUCAGCUCCUCCAUGCUCAGCACCACGCCCAACCACGACCCCGUGGCCGGAGGCGGGGGGGACAAGCAGGAGGAGGAGGAGGAGGAGGAGGAGGACUUUGACCGGCGGGUGGCCUUCCUGGAGCCUGCGGGGCCCGGGCAGGACCAAAACGGCAAGCUCAAGCCGGGCAACACCCUGCCGGUGCCCGAGGCCGCGAGCAAGGGGCAGCGGAGGAUGUCGGACCCGGAGUCGGUCAGCUCGGUCUUCUCGGACACGCCCAUCGUGGUGUGAGCGGGACGGGGUGUGGUGGGGGGGUUCCGCCCCAGGAGAGGUACGGCGCCCCUGGAGGAUGGGAGGGGGCAGAGCAGAGAGAGGGCUGGCUGGCUGGCUGGCUGGCUGGCUGGCUGCCCAGGGGCGUGGGGCCCCCCUGAUCUCGAGAGGAUGGGUCACGGGUACAACAGGAGCAAGGGCCCGCCCCACCAGGGUGCGGUGGCCACAGUUUUCACUUACGGAUCUAUGGGCCCUCAGGCCAACGCCACACCCUCCCCGAGCACCCGCACCUGUCCAGGCAGCGAAGGAGGGGUGGGAGUGAGGAAGGGGUGGGGGGAAAGAGUGAAUCCCUAAACCUGUUCGAGGUCAUCCCUAGCUCCCUAAGAGAAACUCGUUUGGGGGGGAUCUUCCUCUCUCUCUCUGCCCACCCACCCCUGCGAGGUGGAGGGAGCUUCUGAAGGAGCCACAUGGGGACUCCGUAGUGUCACCUCCGGCCGGGAAGUCACCCUCCGCGGCCAGCUGGGGGGGAAUCGGAAGUUUUGGGAGAAUGAGUCGGGAAAAGGCGGGGACUAGCUCUCCCCCAGC